CCAGCCGAGCCCCUUCGCCGCCGUAAUUCCCUCGGGUACUCUCGAAACAGGAAAUCGUCCGAGAAUUCACCAUGAUCGCCCUCCGGUCUAGCUCCGCUUCGGCGCGCCUUGCUGCUGCUGCGACUUCUACUACCCCUCUCUCCGCGCCCCUCCUCUCUUCUUCGUCUCGUCGCUUCCCCUCCGCCGCUGCUUCUUAUUCUUCACGUUCGAUCGCUUCUUCUUCUGCUGCUGCUGCUGCUCGUCCUGCUGCUGCUCGCUCCUCGCUCAUCAACUACUCUACUCGCUCUGCUUCCUCCCGCUGGUCCGGUGUGACAUCGCUGAAUAUCGCCUCUACCCGCACAAUGGCUACUGCUCAGAAGAUCAAGGUCAAGAACCCAGUCGUCGAACUGGACGGUGAUGAGAUGACCAGAAUCAUCUGGCAGGAGAUCAGAGAGAAAUUGAUCCUCCCUUACCUUGACAUUGACCUCAAGUACUACGAUCUGGGCAUCGAGUACCGUGACCAGACCGAUGACAAGGUUACCGUUGAGGCCGCCGAGGCUAUCAAGAAGUACGGUGUUGGUGUCAAGUGCGCCACCAUCACUCCCGAUGAGGCCCGUGUGGAGGAGUUCAAGCUGAAGAAGAUGUGGCUCUCGCCCAACGGCACCAUCCGUAACAUCCUCGGUGGUACUGUCUUCCGUGAGCCCAUCGUCAUCCCCCGCAUCCCCCGUCUUGUCCCUGGCUGGACCAAGCCCAUCAUUAUUGGCCGUCACGCCUUCGGUGACCAGUACCGUGCCACCGAUCGUGUGAUCCCCGGCCCCGGCAAGCUGGAGCUCGUCUACACCCCCGUCGGCGGUGAGCCCGAGACCGUCACUGUCUACGACUUCCAGGCUGGCGGUGUUGCCCAGACCCAGUACAACACCGAUGCCUCGAUCACCGGCUUUGCCCACUCCAGCUUCAAGAUGGCCCUGAGCAAGGGUCUGCCCCUGUACAUGAGCACCAAGAACACCAUCCUGAAGAAGUACGAUGGUCGCUUCAAGGACAUCUUCCAGGAGAUCUACGAGAACGAGUACCGCAAGGAGUUUGAGGCCAAGAACAUCUGGUACGAGCACCGUCUGAUCGACGACAUGGUCGCCCAGAUGAUCAAGAGCGAGGGUGGUUUCGUCAUGGCUCUUAAGAACUACGACGGUGACGUUCAGUCCGACAUUGUCGCUCAGGGCUUCGGUUCCCUGGGUUUGAUGACCUCGACCCUGGCCACCCCCGACGGGUCGGCUUUCGAGUCCGAGGCCGCCCACGGCACCGUGACCCGCCACUACCGCGAGCACCAGAAGGGCCGCGAGACCUCGACCAACCCCAUUGCCUCCAUCUUCGCCUGGACUCGUGGUCUUGUCCAGCGUGGCAAGGUCGACGAGACCCCCGACGUCGUCACCUUCGCCGAGGAGCUCGAGCGUGCCUGCAUUGAGGUCGUCAACGACGAGGGCAUCAUGACCAAGGAUCUUGCCCUGGCCUGUGGCCGCAAGGACCGUGAGGCCUGGGUCACCACCAAGGAGUACCUGGCUGCCGUCGAGGCGCGCCUCAAGUCCAACCUUGCCGCCGCCAAGCUGUAAAUUCCGACAACCUCAUCAUAUAAAUAAACCCACCAAAAAAAAAAAAAAACACGGCGACG